AUGUCGCUCGCUCCAUCACUACAUCGACCAUCCUCACGAGAACGCCAACACUAUGCACGCCUCCCUAAUCAACCCCUGUCCGCGAUUCGCUUGCGCACUCCGAAUCCGAGCAUGAGCGAUGAGGCCAUGUCAAACGGCUCGAACAACAACAAUAUGGGCGACGGGCCGGACAACCUGGCGGAGGAGGACCCCAGGGCAGCGUUAUUUCGAGAGCAUUAUGCCCGUACCGAAGCGCGUCUGAUGGCGGUUCUGGGAGGUGGGAGCAAACUCGAUGCCCCGGAUGCGUUGGACGGUGGGACCAAGCCGCUGUCGGAGCUCCCCCCAGCGGCGCAUGAUGCGCGCCCGCCCGUGACACCGAAGAAAGCGGCCAGGACCAUCGAUGAAGACGACUAUGGUGACGAUGACGAUGGCGACGAAGAAGAUGAUGCCCACCCCUCUCCCCUCCUUUCGAAGAGCGCCCCCAAUGGAAUCGGCGCGGCCGCCCUAGACACGCCAAGCCUUCGGAUACCCCCCCUGUCGAACAAGCUGGUUAUUGAACGUACUAGCACCCCAUCAUCAGAGCUUAUCAAGUCCUCAGAUGACGUGCGCAAGAAACUACAACAAGACAAAACUGCCGCCGAGGACGCUGCAAAGCGUAGUUUCCACACCCUCUUCUAUACCCUGGAAAAUGACCGGGAUGCGAUGUUGGAACAGCAGAAGCUUGACGAGCUGGACCGGCAAGUUGAGACAGAGAUGUCAGGCCAGCCCGCUAUUCCUACCACGAACGGCGCCCCUACUAUUCCGCAACAAGGCACACUGAGCACCACCAACCUCGGCGCUUCCAGUCUUACACUCAAACACCUGAUCGCCCGCAUCGAUGCGCAGAGGGACAUGGUCCAUGCUAGUGAUGCGCAAUUGCGGAGCCUCAUCAGCGAAGUGAGGAAAAAUCGGAGUAAAUGGGCAAACGAAGACCGGAUCGGCCAAGAAGAGUUGUAUGAGAGUAUGGAGAAGGUACUCAUGGAGCUCAAGGCCGGCGAACAUGCACAUCCCUUCCUUCAACGUGUGAACAAGCGCGAGGCACCUGACUACUACAACGUCAUAAAACACCCCAUGGACAUCGGCACCAUGAUGAAGAAGCUCAAGCAGCUCCAAUACAAGUCGAAGAAGGAUUUUGUGGAUGACCUCAUGCUCAUUUGGUCCAACUGUCUAAAAUACAACGCCGAUCCAGCGCACUACCUUCGCAAGAAGGCGCUCUACAUGAGGAAGGAAACCGAGAAGCUGGUGCCUUUGAUACCUGAUAUUGUCGUCCGCGAUCGUGCCGAGGUGGAGGCUGAGGAACGGAGGAUGCGAAAUGGAGAUGCUGAUGCCGAUGGAGCUGAAGAUAGUGACGAUGAAGAACCUAUUAUGGCCUCUCGUGGUCGAAAGGCUCCCAGCAAAGGUGGCAAGGGUACAAGCACUGCCAGAAAAGCGCCUCCAGCAGGACUGGAGGGUACGCCAGGACCAGAUGGAAAGCCUGCCGUCCCAUCGCUGAACAACGCUGUAUCAAACUUGAAAAACGAAUUUCUUCGUGCCGAUUCCGAGAUGGAAGGCAGCAUCAAUGGCUUUUCAACACCGCCUCCUGGAACACUCACCCCACUACCAAAUGGCAUCCUACGCAGUGGCGCUCCAGGGAGUCAAGCAGAUGUGUCGGAUGUGGACGGCACUGGUGCCUCGGUCAGUGGCUUCACCCUUGACAGCGAGGACGCUGAUCUGGAUGAUCUCGAGUACAAAACCUGGAAGCAAGUGACAAAAAAGGAUAGAGCGUUGAUUGCCGGAGAACGCAACCGGUUAUUUCGCGGAGACCACUUGAACGUCGAAGAGCCCGCCAUUCUGCGAUCACGAGCGGGAAUGCGUAGGUGGCUCCGUCAUCGCAAGCAAGCACUUGAAGAAGGAGUCACAGAUGGAUCUGCUAACGCGCCGGAUGGGAAAGAAGGUGUCCAGUCUACAGCCAACGAAACUCUGGCGGAAGGUAUCGAGGGAGAUGAAGAACGCCAGGUUCCCGACUAUUACGACCCAGUAUCUACAAUCCCGGAUAUCAACGAGCGCCUCCAGUGGGUAGAAGAUUCUGAAGGUCAUGUCAUCCAACAAGUUGAGGAGUAUAUGCGCAUCGUGCCUAAAGGCUACUUCACGGCACCAACGAGUUCUCUCUCAAAGAAGGUAGAGUCAAACAUGCGCCAAAUGCAGGAAACGAGAAAGAUCUGUGCAAAAAUCGGUAUCGUCAAGCAAAUGCAACUUCAGUCACAGAUGUACACAAACCAGUUUCAGAAGUACGACCCUCAGCCCUUCGUCGAAGCAGAUAUCGACCCCAUAGUCGUCUCUGAGGAUGGCGCCAUAAUGUCUCCAUACGUCUGCCGCGCAGCCCUUCAGCGCAGUGUUGGGAAGAUAUUUUACCAUGCUGGCUUCGAGGAGUUUCAGCCCUCUGCUCUCGAAGCAAUCACCGACAUUGCUGGUCAUUUCUUCCAAAAGCUCGUCAGAAGCUUCGGUGUUUAUCAAGAGACCCCAAAGAUGAAGUGUGACACCCCGAUCACUACUCCUGAAGGAUUGACCACGAACUGGGUCCCACGAUUCUCCCGAGAGGAGGCUAUGCUUCACUGCUUAAACGCGAACGGAGUAGAUCUCGAGACUCUUGAAACAUAUGUCAAGGAAGAUGUGGAACGACUUGGAACGAAGCUCGCUGGCAUGCAUGAUCGGAUGCGUUCUCAUUAUGCUGAGCUUCUUCGUCCGGCGCUUGACAGCAGUGCUGGUGCAGAUGGAGCAGGCGCAUUCAAUGAUGGCAGCGAACAAUUUGUUGGUGGUGACUUCGCUGAAGACAUCGGGGAGGAUUUCUUUGGCUUUAAGGAACUCGGACUAGACAAGGAGUUUGGCCUUACUCUCAGUGUCCCAUUGCAUUUACUGCAGAACAGGAUGCACAAUGCCUACACUACGCAGAACCCCACGAAUGUUUCCACUACGGGCGUCCUCAUGGAAGAGCCAACCAAGUUCGAGCCCGUCACCAUCCAGAACGUUGGCAACCAGAUUGGCUUGGUUCAAGAAUGGUUCCUCGCCAAGCUGCAUGAUAACAAUAACGACGAUCUUGUAGAAGACGAGGACCUGCCACCAAAACAACGUUACCCUAAGCCACGCCUGCCACCCACUGGCAAGAUUUCUAGCCCUCGAAAACGUCCAUUGAGGGAGCAGCAACAGAUGGCGCGCAAGAAGCGAAAGCUCGAUGAAGACAAAGAUGACAACGCCAGUAAUGAGAAUGGCGCUAGUGUCAAUGGUAAUUCAUUCUCAAAAGGCAUAGGCAAGCCAAUUGGCAAGCUGAAACUUGACAUGCCUGCCCAAAAAGAGAACCAGAACGUUCCUGAACCAGAGAAGGACGACGGUAGUGCAGUUGGUAUGAUCAGCCCCGAGAGCAUACUCGCCGCUUGA